AUCUAUUAAUUAUAAUUGCUAAAUAUUAUGGCAGAUUCUACAUUUAAAUAACUUUCACUAAUAAGAACAACAAGCAUUGUUUCAUAAGCAGAGGAGAUUCCUCCUUGUAAACCCCCAAAAUUAAUAAAAUUUACGUAUAGAAUAAUAUCAUAAAAUAGAUCUUAAUUGGAUGAUAUAAUAAAUGAAUAUGAAUAUAGACCAAUUCCAAUAAGUAGAUAAGGGUCAAAUUUCUAUUUAUAUGAUCCUUUGACUCAAUUGGGACCAAGAAGAUCAAUUACAUCAUAAAAUAAUUCCCCUCCACUUUAAUAAAUAUAACCACAAAUGUCUAUGAUUUCAACGAUUGGUGAUUAAAAAAAAAAUUAAGAAUUAUAAUAAAAAGAUUAGGAUUAAAUUGAAAAAGAACAAUCAGAAUAGGAAGAAAGAAGAGAAAAAAAAAAUAAAAAAUUGUCAUAAUUUGAAACUAAAAAUUUGUAAAUACAAAAAAAAAUUAAAAAAAAGAAUAACUAAUUAGAAUAAUAACCUUGUUUUUGUAGAAAUAGUGGUUGUUUAAAAAGAUAUUGUAGAUGUUUUCAUAGUGGAAGAAUGUGUUUGAAAGAAUGUUAAUGUGUUGAGGGGUGUUAGAAUAAUGAUGAUCAUUUAGAAGAACGUAAUAUAGCAAUAAAACAUGUUAAUGAAAAAUGUCAUAGAAAUAAGAAUGUUCCAAAAGAAGCUUUAUUUAAACUUAAAGAUAGUUUUGGUUGCAAUUGUAAAAAGUCUAGGUGUUAAACUGGUUAUUGUGAAUGUUUUUUGAGGAAAUCUAAAUGUACAGUAGAUUGUUAAUGUGAAAAUUGUGAAAAUGGUUUAGAUGAAGCAUAUUUAUAAAGUUAAUAAGAACGAAAAAAUUAUAGAAUUAAAAGAAAGUGAAUAUAAUUAAUAAAUAUUUAUGAUGUGG